AUGGAUUCGGAUGGCAGAGGUACCGAUGCUCCCAACGAAAAUUAUGCCACAAGCUCUCGUGCGGCAAGUGUUUCCUUGAGAACCAGCAAGCGAAUGCGGAUUAUUAUAUCUGCUAACAAUCAAUCUAACAGUGCGACAAUUGCCGCAUCCGCAAGUGAGAAGAAAAUUGAGGCAAUAGACGAGAGGCUAUCGGGUAUUGAGCGUCUUCUACAAGACCUUGCACUCUCCAUUCCAACCUCUACCAAAUCUCACCCUAGCCCCCCGCACUCGGCUAGCUCUUCACGGCAAAAUGACAGUACAAGAUUGUGCCCGACCAUUCAGGAGCCAGAAGCAGCCACACCCAGUGCACAUUUUGAAGGAGAAUCAGCACUUAGCACCCAUUCUGUGCUCGCCAGCGCUAUUUUCGAAAAACAAAUGGGAAGCAGCCCAAACAUAGAGCAGAAUCCAGCCAUGAAACAAGCCUUGUCGUCCUUGCGGGAUAUUGUGGAGACACAGACUCGCCCUUCGCCUAGCAUUCAUACCCUACGGUUUCCCAGUCAGAAACCUGGAAAUAAACUUGACCUAUCCCAACUAGAACUGCCACCGCUCGAUGUUGUUCUCUCCAUGCUUCGUCUUUCAAAAGGGCACUACCCGGUCUUUUUCCUCACUCUCCCAUUGAUGGAUUUACCGUAUUUUACACAGCUCUGCAAAGACCUAUACUUCUGCACAGAGGAGUACUCAAGUGCACAAUUUGCCACCGUCAACUGUAUUCUAUCAUAUCUUUUCAGGGAGUACACUUAUUAUGGCGAAAAUGACUCCCUAAAGGAUAAAUUUGAAGAGUAUUCCGACCUAUGCAAGCUGAAUUUUGAAACUGUUAUCAGCACCUUUGACUUAUUUGUGGAGCCGAGCUAUGAUAAUAUUUUGGCAUUAGCCCUAGGAGCCUUUCAUGCAACAGAGCUCUCAAAAAUUUCACUGUGUUGGAACUUCACAGCCGUGGCUGCCCGGAUGUGCCAAAGCUUAGGAUACCACCGAGCGUCUAUUAAAAAGGAUGGCAACGGGGAAGACUCGGUUAACAUUACGCUUAAAAAGGGAGUCUUUUGGUUCAUAUACCUUAUGGAUAAAAAUAUGUCCCUAUGCCUAGGCCGGACUUCCACUCUGCAAGAUUAUGAUAUAUCUGUGGAAUAUCCUGACCUGCCCAUCGAUUCAGGCGUGCGCCCAUGGCGUAUACUUUACGAAUCCUGGCUUGACUUAAGCAGGAUUGUGGGCAGAGUCUACGAGCAUUUAUUCUCUGCCCAAGCAUUAUGCGAUAGUGCAGCGUCUCGCCUAAAGAAAGCUCGAGCGCUAGAGGAGGAAAUCAAAAAUUGGAGAAGUCAAUUCACUCGGUGUGAUCUUGGUCUAGCGCACCACAGUUUUUUCUUUCAAUGGAUGGGACCAAGUGCCGAUCUGAGUUACUAUCUACUUCUAACCUUAGUUUACCGUGUUUUGCCGCCGACGCAACCGCCGGAGACUCCCUCUGGCCUGAGCAUUGGUUGUGUCGAAGCUGCUCGAAAUGCUAUGCAGCUGCAUCAGCAAGUUAUGCUGGCAUUCAACGAAAAGGACACUUACAUCCUGAAAGGUUAUGUAGAUUGGACCCUUUUACAAUGUCCAUUCGUCCCGUUUCUGGUAAUAUUCUGCCAUAUCGUUGCUUCGGGAGACCUAGAUGACUUGAGGCUACUUGGAGAUGUUGCAACGAAUCUCCAAUCUGCAGGGAAAGUCUCUGAAGGUGCUGAGCGUCUGUACCGUCUUUGUAUGGUAUUUUAUCAGGUCGCAAAGGUGUACGUGAAUGCCAAGAUCCUUGAAGCUGGGAAUGGAAAUGAGCUACAGGAUUGCCAACUCGCAGUGAACCCUGGGAACCAGUUUGAUAGCUAUCUCAACGCCCUAGGACUUGGGCCCCCAUUAGCACCAUUUAUUCCAAAAGGAAUCACUGAUGUUGGAGGUAAUAACGAGGAAGAUCCUCUACAGGGGCUUUUUGACAUCGACAUGGCACAGUCACUGGAAGACUGGUAUUCUGGGAACCGGCAUAUGAUGGGUUUGUUGGAGUCAGAUUUAUAA